UAGGUUAUUAAUACACAACAUUUCGGAAUUCCAGUGUUCACAGGGAUAUGAAUGUACAACAAUAUAUAACAAUAAUCAUUCGGUCCAUCCUAAUAUUUUUUUUAACCUAUCGACGAAACAAUGAACAGUUGAACGAACUCUAGUGACAACAAUUGUAAAGUAUCUCUAACCUCAAUUACAUUCCACCAGUUGAGGAUACAGAUGAUCUGAGUUGAACGAGAAUGUUAAUAUUUGUGGAAAAAGAUUGUUGAAAUAUUAAAAAUACUGCAGAUAUGGACGUCGUCCCAGGAACAGCAUCUCUUCUUGAUGAGUUGGACAAAAAAUUGAUGGUUCUACUCAGAGAUGGACGAACAUUGAUUGGAUACUUGAGGAGUGUAGAUCAAUUUGCUAAUCUCGUUUUACACAGAACAAUCGAGAGAAUUCACGUGGGAAAGGAGUAUGGAGAUAUACCCAGGGGUGUUUUUAUUGUCAGAGGAGAAAAUGUCGUAUUGCUAGGUGAAAUCGAUAGGGAUAGGGAAAAGGAUCUUCCACUCUCAGAAGUGUCAGUAGACGAUAUCCUUGAUGCUCAGAGGAGAGAGCAGGAAUCAAAACAAGAUCGAAAUCGUCUGCAGAGUAAGGCCCUGAAGGAGAGAGGACUGUCCUACAUCCCAGAUCUUGGGCAUGACGACAUGUUCUGACCCACAGCUGUGAUCACUGGAGCUCAUUCAUAUGCCACUAAUUUUCAUAACGCAAAGUGAUUCUGAUAUUUUUCAAAACAAUUAUACAGUAAUAAACAAGAGUAAAUAAUUGAUAAUCGCAUCCCAUCAUAAUUUUCUCAAUUAUCGAAAUCGAAAUUACAGGAGAGAGUGAACAAAAAAAUGGAAAUGCAAGUGCUUAUUUCAGCUGUUCAAAGCCGUCACUUACUCAGGCUACGCCAUAAAUUCGUCGACUGAUUCAACGGAAAUUUCAGUGAGUGUUUACGGAUUGUGCGAAUAAGAAUUCAAUAUCAGUGUUUGCGAAAUGAAAAAUGCUGAAAUAAACCGGAUCGAUCCAUCCGGAAGCCAAUCAUGAUAAGAUACUGCAAAUAAAUCAAUAAAAAAUCCUA